AUGGAAGGAAUCGAUCAUAGAAUGGUGAGCGUCAAUGGCAUAACAAUGCACAUUGCCGAGAAAGGUCCCAAAGAUGGAUCAUUGGUGCUUCUCCUCCAUGGAUUCCCUGAUCUCUGGUACACGUGGCGUCACCAAAUUAGUGGACUAGCAUCUCUUGGUUACCGAGCCGUAGCUCCAGACCUCCGAGGCUACGGAGACUCCGACGCGCCGGAGUCCUUCUCCGAGUACACGUGUCUUAACGUCGUUGGUGACCUUGUGGCUCUUCUGGACAGUGUUGCUGGAGAUCAAGAGAAGGUGUUUCUCGUCGGUCAUGAUUGGGGAGCCAUUAUUGGAUGGUAUCUCUGUUUGUUUCGACCAGAGAAGAUUAAGGGCUUUGCGUGUUUGAGUGUGCCGUAUAGACCAAGAAACCCUAAGGUCAAGCCUGUUGAAGGGUUUAAGGCUGUCUUUGGAGAUGAUUACUACAUUUGUAGAUUUCAGGAACCGGGGAAGAUUGAAGAAGAGAUUGCAUGUGCAGAUCCAAGAAGAGUACUGAGGGAUAUCUUCACAGGGAGGGCACUAGGUCCACCGAUUUUACCAAAGGAUAAUCCCUUUGGCGCAAACCCUAACCCUAACGGCGAAAACAUUGAAUUGCCGGAAUGGUUCUCUAAAGAGGAUCUCGAUUUCUACGUCUCCAAAUUCGACAAGACAGGAUUUACCGGCGGAUUAAACUACUACAGAGCCAUGGAUCUGAGUUGGGAAGUUACUGCACCAUGGACCGGAGCUAAGAUUUAUGUGCCGGUGAAGUUCAUAACCGGUGACUUUGACAUGGUGUACACCACACCAGGGAUUAAAGAGUACAUCCACGGUGGUGGAUUUGCUGCAAAUGUUCCAAAUCUCCAAGAGAUAGCUGUGAUUGAAGAUGCUGGUCACUUCGUCAACCAAGAGAAACCUCAAGAGGUCACUGCCCACAUCAAUGACUUCUUCACCAAGCUUCAGGACAACUACUAA